AGCGUCUAAGAACACAUUUACCUGUAAGCGCUCACCACAACUGUGCUACUCAUUUAUGUUUAACACGUGCUAAAUGUUCAGAUAAAGAUUUGCUUUGGAUUGCAUUUUGAGAGCUGGGAUGCAGUAACUUGGUGCAUAUUUUUUAAGGUUUUGUUUCAAACUAAGCCUAAGACUUAUCAUUUGGAUAACUGACUAAUAUUUUGAUCACGAAAAUAAUGUGACCUUUGUGUGUAGAUGGUACAAGAACGCUAUGAGCUGACGUCUUUUAAGUUUAUUCUUGGAUGCUGUCUAUACCCGGCUGUGUAUAAUUCAUGAAGAUAUACUAGUUUGUGUAAACCAUUCCAUUUUAUGUGCGUUGUGGAUUUGACAACAUAAUAAGCAGUACAUACAGUAAAUAAUGGCAGCUCAAAAUGACGAAACAGUUGUGAUGACUGGCGGUUCCUUCACAGCCGAGGAGACGCCAGUAGUAACGCAGCCAAAGACAGAAAGGUCAAACAGUAAAGCUCAAGGUCGAAUAGUACCGCCGGCGUCAUUUGAUGAUACACUCAGUGAAAGAGACUGGAAAACGAAACUGUGUUCAUGUGAAGAAGGCAACUCUACUAAAUGCAGUUUAUGUUGUUGUUGGUGCUAUCAUAAAUACAUGGCAGCGAUACGACUUGGAGAGACACCGUUCAUGGGUUUGAUACCGUGUGCUACAUUUGCUUUAAGGGUCAAGGUCAGAACGUUAUUUGGAAUUAAGGGCUCAAUCGUGGAAGACUUCUUUACGACGUUAUGCUGUGAACCGUGCACAAUCUGUCAGAUAUCUAGGGAAUUAGACAAUAUAGGACUUUAAACAUUGUUAACUUACUUAAGGAUUGUAGACGUGUAGCUACUAGGAGUACAUGUAUAAAUAUUAGAACUGUGCAUAAAUGUGUUUGUAUGGCAUUUAUUUAUUUUCAGUCGAUAUAACCUCGGUGAUUUACGUUACACUGUGAAAUGAUGUUCCUCUUUGAUAGCGUAUAUAUUUUGAAAUUUAAAUAAAUGUUUUUUGUUCAGAUUCAGAAACUAUUUAGAACUAUAUCUGUUGCGUUAAUUUUUGAAAGAUAAUGUUUGUUUUCAAUUCAAGAUAGAUCAUAGGUUAUGAACAUUAAUCAGUCUAAACAAUUUUGAUAGUGAGGUCAUUUUUGAUAAAAUUGCAUUUUUUUUUCCAAAAAGUCUUAUGUUUACGGAAUUGCUUCUAUGUCCAUACUGGGAGGAAUAGCUUAAUGUGAUCAUUUUUUAAAUUAUAUUGGACUGAAUUUGUGAGAAAACAGUCAUAUUAAAAAUGGAAACAAAG